GCUCCAGGUCAGAGUGGCAAUAACCCAGUUCUCCAGCCUGGUGAUUACUCCUAUCCAUUUCAGUUUCUAAUCCCAAACAUCAAUAUGCCGACCUCAGUAGAAGCAAGGUAUGGCUAUGUUCGCUACUGGUUAAAAGGAAUUGUUGACCGCCCAUGGAGAUUUGAUAUCACGACCAAAGCAGCUUUCACUAUGUUGGAAUAUGUGGACAUCAAUACACCUCUGCUUCUGGUAAUUGUUUAAAUUUUCAAUAACAUAAUGAUCUUUCCAUAGCGAAUCAAUGUAUCGGGUCUGUGCUUACUCUUGCAAAGCUUUUUUCCCAUGAGAAAAUACAGAGAGAGGAAAUCUGAAAAUAUUACUAAGUUAUUGUUAUAACCUUUUUCAUGGGACCUAGGAAAACUUCAGGAGACAAAUUUUGGUAGACUCAAUUUUAAUUUGUGAUUCGGAAUAAAAAAUGGUUUUGACAGGAACAACAUUUUCCAAGUAUCGUUACGAUGGCAGCAUGGUUUUACUCAGUAUACAUGACUGAGGCUAUAGUUGUAUCCUAUUAUUUAAAGUGCCAUAAUGAAGGAGUAAUUUUGGAAGAAAACUGGCAGAGUAUUUGCAUCGUGAGAGUGCAAAAACUGGCAAAGGAAAGUCCAUUCUCGUCCCCAGAACCUCCUGGGGGCCUUAGCACCAGGAACAGGAGGCUCUGGGGAAAGAGGAUUUAAAGUCCUAGAAUUUAGGACUUCAGAUCUUUUCUUAUUUUCUACAACGUUUCUAAUGGCGUUCUCUUGCUUUUAAUAUUUAUUGAAUAUUUAAUAAUAUUUAUUGAUUUGUACUGCGCAAAUAUCAAUCCAGGGAAAGAAAUUUUCAUCUGCUCUUGCCGAAGUAUCAAUAAUAAGACUGUAAAUUUAGGUGAUUCAAAGCUUUUGAAAGAGAAUCCUCCAACUUCCUUUUGAAUCGGAAAUGACCGGAAGUCCUAAAAUCUAGGACUUCAAAUCUUGUGUCCCUAGAGCCCCCUGGUCCUCGUGCUCAGGCUCCCAGGAGGCUCUGGGGACGAGAAUGAGGAAAGUCCCUUAGGGCCCCUAUUAAUAGCAGUUGGCUAAGCCUCUGAAAGGGCUACCCUAAAGUANGCCCCUAUUAAUAGCAGUUGGCUAAGCCUCUGAAAGGGCUACCCUAAAGUAAAUGAUAAGAAAAGGGCUCUCUCCAAAUGCCCAGAAAUUAGUGACAGUAAAAUCUAAUACCAGUACAUAUUUCAACUCUUACUUCAUCAGCAACCUUGUCAGGUCCAAGAGGAACGUGAUGUGGGAUACCUGUGCUGUAUAUCUGGUCCACUCAGUACUACUGUCUAUACUGACAGAGGAGGUUACUGUCCUGGAGAAUCUAUUGGUGUAUCGGCAGUCUUUAGCAAUAAUUCAAAAAAUGAGGUUACUGGGCUGGAGAUACAACUUUUUCAACUCACUGUCUUCAUUGCUUCUGGUGGUGGGUUUUAAAGAACCAGUUUCACACUUAAGAACGAGGAAUUAUUCAGUAGCUAAUUAAGGUUGAUUCCAAAUUUAAAUGCCAUCUCUGUUUUGACUGGCAGUGGGAAGCACUCAAUCUGCAAAUACUUCUAACUGUUACUAUAUCAUUGUUACGGUGUGAAAUAUAUAUUGAUCAAGCCUCCAAGACUAGGAAAGAGGUUUAAUUAAUGCUUCACCUCUUGUUGGCGAUGAAAAAAAAUCCUAAUAUAGGCUCCCUACCCGCUGUUAAUAGUUGACAACUUGCUGCCUUUUGUUGCAUGUACCACCAUUAGCAAGCAGACAAUGAUACCAAAUUUUGGUAUACCUUCUUUAGCUUUCUUUUCCUAGGAAAAAUUUUCAAAAUCUGAAAAAUAAAAACGUAUAAUUACUGUUACUAGUGGUUCCCUUUAGAAGGUGAAGUGCUGCGAGCAAAGGGUUUAGUUAUCAUAUUUCUUAAUUCUUGGAGAAAAUAUUGGGAGAUUUUGAGUACUAAUGUCUAAAUUUUAUUAUAGUGUAGAGGAAGGAUAAUUUCACUACUGUCAAUACUCUGAAAAGAAUCGCUCGAGCUUUCUUGCAAAGCUUCAGCAUAAUUCUGCAGAUUACGUUUGGAGAGUUCGCCUUGUUUUUGACUCAGUUGGGUUGCUUGGCUCAUUGCCCACAAGGCACAUUCCAUCAGUUAUUUGUUUCUGUGACCACAAAGGGUCGUUUGGCACAUUGGCCACCGAGCAAAUCAACCUUAUUCCCAGGUUCUCUCUCCUACCCGUCUCGCUCCGCAGGUACGGAUAGGGGAGAACCCUGGGAACGAGGUUGCCAGCAGAUUCGCUCAGUUCAGUUUGUUUGUCAUAGAUCAGAGAAAAUCGGCUCUACUCGUGAUUCGGUCUGUAGGUCACUUUCUAUCUCUCCUUUCGCAUUAACAACGUUUUUAAAUCAAUGAUACUUUGAAAGAAAAAAACCGAACAACUCCUUAAGUUUCACGGGAGCGCAAAGCAGUACAAAUUAUACUUCCCAAACACAGAAGGUUUUCAACACGAACUGUCAAGUCGCUCUAGUGGGUUGUGAAAUGCGCAAAAGGACGCUGGAGAGAAAGCACGUGCUUGAGCCAACGUUGCAAAGGUCAGCUGUGUUGCUGAUCCACACGAAAGCAAGGCAAAGUGAGCUACUACAAGCGUCGAGGAUCACACUGGCAUCUGAGUGAAAUAGGUCUGCUGCGAGCGUAGCGAGCAGCAGAUAUAAAAAUUUAGUACUAAACUGAAUUAAUUUAACAAAUUUUACAGUUACUGCUGUGAAACUCAAAAAACUAUUAGAAAUUGAGUCUCCUUGUACCAUUUGGUCUGUUACUGAAAAUGACCGGAGAAGGCUAACCUCAGGAAUAGGGCCUAUGUGGUAGCUUUAGCUCUCUUAGGGACCGGUCAUUAUUAUCGCCUGGGGGGAGGGGGAGCGGAGGAUUUGGAACUAAACAAGGUGAAAUUUAGCCAAUCCCCCCUUUGAAUGUUACUUCACUGAAGAGAUCCGCCCUAAUGACUUUUGAUGACUUUCGCCAUACUCCUCGCCCCAUGUCUUCAUUUUCCAAGUACAUUUUAGUGGUCCCCCCUCUCAUGAAUCCUUCCAAAGUUUUCAGCGAUCUCCCCUUUUGAGUUCUCAGUUACGACUGAUCCCCCCUUUUGUUCUCCCAAAAAUCAAGUGAUCCCCCCCCCCCUUAAAUCCUUCCCCCGCCCCGCCAGGCGAUUAAUAAUGACCGGUCCCUUUUCAUGUAUGAUCCCUUCUUGACUCUCAUCUUCAUUAUGAUGUUUAUCUUCGUCAUCAUCAUCAUUAUGUUCAUUUUAUUUCUAGGAAAACAAAAACAACGAGAAGAAAUGGUUGCCGAGACCACGUCUCAAGAAGGAGUGAAGCCUGGGGAAGAGACUCGCAUAAUAGUACCACUUCCAGUCCCCUCUCUGCCCCCAACCACGAUGGGUUGCAGUUGCAUAAAAGUGUCGUAUUUUCUAAGGGUAAUUUACUCAUUUUCUGUCCGGCAUUUAGUUGAUUUGUUUAAAAUGCCUGAUGUGUUUUGACGAAUGUCAUUUGCUACCAGUGCCAUAAUGAUAGUACUCUUGAAUCUGAGGUGACUGAUGAAGUUUUUUUAGUACAGGUUAGAACCUCACUUGCCCAAGCUAUAAUUUUCCUUGCAAGCUGAGGCCUCUCAUCGCGAAAAAAUGAGAGAAAGGAGGGAGUUCUCUUUCCUUCAUCUACUCGUUUUUCUUUCACCCUGAGAGACCUUAGCUAGCAAGGAACAAAUGAUUUUCACUGCCGAGGUUUGUUUCACUUACCUCUUAAAAACCUUCAUUUUCAUUGGCAAACGAACCCUGAAAAUGCUCAAAUAAGAUGACUUGGAAUGACCAAUAAACAAUUAUUCCUCCCACUGUCUUUCUCACACAUCUACUGAGAAGGGUGCUGGGUUGGUAUAACUUAGAAACUCGUUUAAAUGUGAUAUAAUUGUAGAUCAAUUCGGUCCUGUGGCUUAUUUAGUUUUCUUGCCAUCUUACAUUAGCUGAAAGUUAAAGUGGAUGCAGCCUUCAUCUCAGCAUUACACAUUAAAAAAAUUCCCAUCACCAUUGGCUCAGUUCCGUAUCGGCCUCCUCCUCCAGCCCAGUUCCCGCCUCCAGGUGCUGCUUUGACUCCUAGUGCUCCACCACUGGCAGAAUUUGAACAAGCGUCAGCUUAUCCACCAGCCUCUACACAGUAUGGUGGCCAUGCACAGACGUACCCAAAUAUUGGUUAGGAAAAUUCCGUAUCUUGUCUACCGUAGAAUUCCGAAAGUAAUGCCUCCCCGCCCCCCUCCUUGAACAUAACAGCUACCCGAAAGUAACGUUACUUUAUUCUUCACCUAUUGAGCCAGGUAGUAACGCCCCCCCCCCCACCCCCCUCCAUUCCCCCCGAAAGAAGCGGCCCUCCGAAAAUAACCAGUCAACUACAGUAAAACGCAGCAUUAUAUUUGAUGCCCCUACCCCCUAACGCAGACUUCUUUCCCGCUGUCGCUGCAGAAACAAGGGACAGCCUGAGUGAUCCUGCGUUCACUGGUGAAUUUGCUGUUUUGUUAAAAAAAAUUCCAACACUUAAUGAUACAAAUUCGAUCUGGAAAACUGACACGCCUAGCUAUUGUGUGGGUAGACAAAUGAGCCUACAAUUAAGGAGAAAAAAAAAAUGCACAGCAAGUGGUCAACGAUAAGCAGUUUAGGGAAACUAAGUAGACCGCCCUGGUAGACUGUUUGUGGAUUCGUAGUCGAUCUCGAAUGGUAAAGUUUAAUUAUAUCUUGCAUAAUGUAUUAAGAAAUAUAGAAAAGCUGGUUCUGAGUAUACUGAAACAUUUGCAAUUACGAAUAAGAAUACUUGUUUUAAUGAUUUUUUUUUCCGUAUAUCGUUUCGAAAUAAUUUUUUAUGGUCGUCAAAUCAGCAUACCAAAUGCAAAGGGAAAAAAAAAAGGCUCCAGAACUCUGUGACUACGAGUUGACUUGGCUAAAUGCAACAUUUCUUGAUUUUGAUUUCAGCUCCUCCUUCGUACGCAGAGUGUGUUAGCGGUGGAGCGUCUAUCGUUGAUGAAGGCGAUAAAGAGACGCUGGGUGAUACCAGCUUUACACCAAUGUACCCGUUUGUUAAUAACUACCAAUUUCCCUCCGCACCGCCUCCUUCAUUUCUCUAA